CCGAGACAAGCGGCAGAGAGGCUCGUACACCGAGAGAGAACGGUGGACUCCAUUGCUGUUCGGAGUGCGUUUCUCGUCGGCCGUGUCGUAUUGCGUGUCUGUCCGCGCUUUCGUGCACACAAGUUUUACUUUCCACGUUGGCCCAGAGAGAGAUUGUGAAUAGUAUCCUUUGUGUUCAGUGCCUAAACCGAUAUUUCAAAUCGUCGAGCGUACUGAGAUAUAAAAGAACCGAGCCAAAAUGGCUGAUCAACUCACAGAGGAGCAAAUUGCAGAAUUUAAGGAAGCAUUUUCGCUAUUUGAUAAGGAUGGAGAUGGUACUAUCACAACCAAAGAGUUGGGUACAGUUAUGCGAUCGCUAGGACAAAAUCCUACAGAAGCUGAGCUUCAGGAUAUGAUCAAUGAAGUGGAUGCAGAUGGUAAUGGCACAAUCGAUUUUCCGGAGUUCUUAACCAUGAUGGCUCGCAAAAUGAAGGAUACUGACAGCGAGGAGGAAAUUAGGGAGGCCUUCAGAGUAUUUGAUAAGGAUGGAAAUGGCUUCAUAUCUGCAGCGGAACUCAGACAUGUUAUGACAAAUCUUGGCGAGAAACUCACUGAUGAGGAAGUUGAUGAAAUGAUUCGAGAGGCUGACAUUGAUGGUGAUGGCCAAGUUAAUUAUGAAGAAUUCGUCACAAUGAUGACAUCAAAGUGAAUGCAACCUGUGUAAUGGAAAAACUUGCAACUUGGAGUGGUGUUGACGUAUUAAAAUAAAUCAAGAAACAAAGAAAAAUAUAAUGUUAACGAAAACGAAUCGACCAGAAAGUGAAAAAAAUCUUGUAUCUGGACGCAAAGAUGUCUUUAAAACGCGAAAAGUCAACGUCCAACACGCGUUAAUCAUCAUUAACGAUAAGUAAUACAGGGCAAUUGUUUAAUUAAAGAGUUAUACCACUAAAAAUCAUUAUCUCUAAAUACACAAAAUACUUAACUACACACAACAUAAACAUAAAAAUACAUAUUACACACACACAUAAAUGAAUACAAAAAAUAUGCAGCACACACAUCUAUACAUAAAAGAUGAUUUAUUUCCGUAUAAAAAAUAUAAUUAUAUAUAUAUAUAAAAAUGUUAGAUAUAUAUA